AUGAUGCUGCAAGAAGUUGUCACCGGUGAGGCGCUGCGUGUUUUAGGGUGCAACCCCUUCGAGGGGAUCACCACGAAAACGCGUCUGCGGCAGCUGCUGCAGACGCACCAAGGCAGAGACAAGCUGUUCAAAGUAGCACAGUAUUUGCUGCGCAUCCGGCUGUGGUGGAAUUCCGUCGACUUCAACGUGAACUACGUGCCAGGUGCGAAUUUUUCCCGAAUGGAAAGGAAUCUGAUGACCAUCAUAAAUAGCCGCCGCAUGUUCCGCCUCGGCCGUUUCUUUGGCGAGUUUGUCCGGAUGCGCGUAACGCUCAUUAAGGCAUCAGAGCUGGUAUACAUUCCGGUGAACGGUGGCCAGUGGGUGGCGUUGUUCAUUCAAUGCCAGAUGCUGCUAGAUAUGCUGGCGAGGGGUUUGCUAUUCGUUAAGUCCUUGCUGGAGGACGUUGCCUUUCUCGUUCAGAAGGGCUUCUUCCACAGUAACGUAGCUGGCCGUCUCAUCUACUUGGCAACGCGGUGCGGACUUCCCGUUCUCACAAUUGACUUGUUUCUGAAUACGCUGCGCCUUUACCAAGGCAUAUUAGACGCGUCCGCCACCAAGUCCUCGAAUGAAAUCAUGUUCUCAAAAGACUCCUUCUCUCUUCUGUCCAAGUAUGACCGGGUAGAUAAGCUGCGCCGCAAGUUGGCGUCCACGACCGAUGAGGAGAAGCUGAAGGAGAUAAUCAAAUACCAGCAGCGGGCGGCGCACGACACCAACGAUAACGUCGUAUACGUGGAAUCGUAUGCUCAGCUGCUGUGGACCGACUUUGAGCUGCACUGGAUCUGCGUAACGGAGGCAAAACUGCUGCUGGACAUCUUUGUUGCUCUCUCAGGCCUGAGAGGAUGGAAGCUGCAAGGGGCUGUGAGUACCGCAGGUUUGUUCUCUGGGUUGUGCUCCGUCUACCGCGUAUGGACGUACGGCCGCUAG